CCUUUUUAUUUACAGCUUCUCUCCAAGAUAAAAUGGCAAACCCCAAAGAGAAAACUCCAAUGUGUCUGGUAAAUGAGUUAGCCCGUUUCAAUAGAGUCCAACCCCAGUAUAAACUUCUGAAAGAAAGAGGGCCUGCUCAUUCGAAGAUGUUCUCAGUGCAACUGAGUCUUGGUGAGCAGACAUGGGAAUCCGAAGGGAGCAGUAUAAAGAAGGCUCAACAGGCUGUUGCUAAUAAAGCUUUGACUGAAUCUACACUUCCCAAACCAGUUCAGAAACCACCCAAAAGUAAUGUUAAUAAUAACCCAGGUAGUAUAACUCCAACUGUGGAACUGAAUGGGCUUGCUAUGAAAAGGGGAGAGCCUGCCAUCUACAGGCCAUUAGAUCCAAAGCCUUUCCCAAAUUAUAGAGCUAAUUACAACUUUCGGGGCAUGUACAAUCAGAGGUAUCAUUGCCCAAUGCCCAAGAUCUUUUAUGUUCAGCUGACUGUAGGAAACAAUGAAUUUUUUGGGGAAGGAAAGACUCGACAAGCUGCUAGACACAAUGCUGCAAUGAAAGCCCUUCAAGCACUGCAGAAUGAGCCUAUUCCAGAAAAAUCACCUCAGAACGGUGAAUCCGGAAAAGAAAUGGAUGAUGACAAAGAUGCAAACAAAUCUGAGAUCAGCUUAGUGUUUGAAAUUGCUCUGAAGCGAAAUAUGCCCGUCAGUUUUGAGGUUAUUAAAGAAAGUGGACCACCACAUAUGAAAAGCUUUGUUACUAGGGUGUCAGUAGGAGAGUUCUCCGCGGAAGGAGAGGGAAAUAGUAAAAAACUCUCCAAGAAGCGUGCUGCAACCACCGUCCUACAGGAGCUUAAGAAACUCCCGCCUCUUCCUGUGGUUGAAAAGCCAAAAUUAUUUUUUAAAAAACGCCCUAAAACAAUAGUAAAGGCUGGACCAGAGUAUGGUCAAGGAAUGAACCCCAUUAGCCGCCUGGCUCAAAUUCAACAGGCCAAAAAGGAGAAGGAGCCAGAUUAUGUUUUGCUUUCAGAAAGAGGAAUGCCUCGGCGUCGGGAAUUUGUGAUGCAGGUCAAAGUAGGCAAUGAAGUUGCUACUGGAACAGGACCUAACAAAAAGAUAGCCAAAAAAAAUGCUGCAGAAGCAAUGCUGUUACAGCUUGGUUAUAAAGCAUCCACUAGUCUUCAAGAUCAACUUGAUAAGACAGGGGAGAACAAAGGAUGGAGUGGUCCAAAGGCUGGGUUUCCUGAACCAACAAAUAACACUCCAAAAGGAAUUCUUCAUUUGUCUCCUGAUGUUUAUCAAGAGAUGGAAGCCAGCCGCCACAAAGUAAUCUCUGGCACUACUCUAGGCUAUUUGUCACCCAAAGAUAUGAACCAACCCUCAAGCUCUUUCUUCAGUAUAUCUCCCACAUCGAAUAGUUCAGCUACCAUUGCCAGGGAACUCCUAAUGAAUGGAACGUCUCCUACAGCUGAAGCCAUAGGUUUAAAAGGAAGUUCUCCUACUCCCCCUUGUUCUCCAGUACAACCUUCAAAACAACUGGAAUAUUUAGCAAGGAUUCAAGGCUUUCAGGUUCACUACUGUGAUAGACAAAGUGGCAAAGAGUGUGUGACCUGUCUGACAUUAGCCCCUGUGCAGAUGACUUUCCAUGCUAUUGGAAGCUCCAUUGAAGCCAGCCAUGAUCAGGAGCAAAGACAUCUAUAUCAGGAACUCCUCCAGCCAUCUUUCCUUCAUGGUGCAUGCCUGGAUUGAGUCAUUCACAAGCCCAUCUCCAAACAGUUGCUGGCAAGAGACAAUGAGAUCACUAUGAGAUUUUUUUUUUCUUUUUUAAGAUUUUUAUGUUUUAAGCAAUCUCUACACCCAACAUAGGGCUUGAACUCAUGACCGCAAGAUCAAGAGUCACAUGCUUUACUGACUGAGCCAGUCAGGUGCCCUGAGAUCACCAUGAGUCUAAAUGCUUAGGGUGAAAUGAUUGUUGAAGAAUCAACUACAGAGACUACUACAUGAGGAAUUAAAUGCCACAUUGUAUAAUUCGAAAUGUUCUCUCAGACUCAUUAAAAAAAACAACAGGUGAACUUGAUCUUAAUAAUAUACGUUAAUUAACCCAAUAUAUCCAAAGUAUCACUUCCACAUACAAUCAGCUUUUUACAUUAUUGAGGUAUUUAACCAUUUCUCAUAUGUUUCAUUUUGGACUAGCCACACUUCAAGUGCUCAGUACCACGUAUGUGUUGCAUAGCACAGGUCUCCGGGCAUUAUGAUUUGGUCCCUGCCCUUGUCUCCAAUCUCAUCCUUCACCAUUCACCCUGUACCUAACUAAAACCCACACUUUAUGUUCUGGCAGUAUUGAGUUCCCAUAUCUCAUGCUCUUUUGCAUCUGUGUCUUUGUCUACACUGUUCCCUCUGCCUGGGCCAUUCUCUCCUUGCUCAUAAUAGGAACUUUAAUUGUUGUAUCCAUCAGAUCCAACCAAGCUGUCAGUGGCAGUCAAUAGGCCUUCCCCAAAUCUACUUUCUGUGUUAUUCCAUUGUUAAACCUAUCAAACUAUCUUCCCAUUGUUUUUCAUAUUGGUGGACCCUGCUGGGCAGUAACCUCUUGGAGGUGCAGGGCAAUGUCUUAUUCACCUUUGAAUUCUCCUUGUCUAUGCUCUGGCAUGUAGGAGGCACUCAAUUCAUGUUUAUAGGAUGGAAUUGAAUUGGAUUUCUAAGAAAAUUAGAAUAACUUGGAUUUGGUAGAACUCAUUUGGUAGAACUAGUGAGAGAAGUACAAUGUUUGUCCUAGUAUGCUUUCUCUCAUGGUGCCUUAUAAGGACAUUAUUUGUGAAAGCAUUCUGGUACUUUCGUAUGUUGACAUCUGAGUGUUUGCGUACUCUGAGUAUAUGUAACUGAGUAUAUGUAGCAUUUGGAAUCUGUCAGUAAUUCUUCCACUGAUCUGUUUGUAAUCUUUAAUUUUUGUAACCUAUUAUGCAUAAGCCUCCGUUCUUCUCAGUGUCCUGAAUUGCUUUCUUCAAGUUCAAGAGCCUGCCUCCUGAUUCUAGCAUUCCGUAUUGUAGUACAUAAGUCGGUAUCCACUGAAUGAUGUCACUGGGGACUGCAGUCCUCAGAAUAUAAAGAGACACGAACUUCAUAGUUUGGAGCAACAAUUACCUAAGACAAAGUUUUUAUUUUUUUAUUUUUUUUAUUAACAUAAAGGACACACUUAAGUGACAUUGUAUAAUAACAGACCCCAUGUCAUCAUCCUAGAGGUAUCUGUAAUAGGGUUCAGGAAUUCUUUGUGUUACAUAGAUUCAGUGUCAGUUUUGAACUUCAGCUGUUUUUCUUUUCCGCACAUCAAGCCAGAGUGCUGAGUGCCAUGGGGUGUUGACAGAGAGGGAAUGAUCACUGCCAUUGACAGCUUCCACGAGGUCCCGGAGCUGCCAAAAUUCAAAAUGUAACCUGAUUUUCAUUUACUUUUUAUGAAAUAGGGUGCUAAGAGAGAUAUUAGAAAGACACAUCAAUUUUAAUGUUUGCUUCGAGAAAUUGUUUUCAUAUAUACUGAUUUUUUUUAUAUUGAAAUAUUUCAGAAUAUUUCCUCUACUUGAAACGUAUCCCAUGAUUAUAGGAAAAAAAUUUCUUCUGACUUUUAACUUUAUUUUAUGAAAUUCCCAUUUUACACAAGUAUAUAUUGUGGUUAAGGAAUUUAAUCAUAUCUUUUUUUUCCUUUACAUUUUAUAUUUCAAUAAUUGGCCCAGUAGUUCACAUAGUGUUUUGUUUUUGUUUUUAGAUUUUCUUUAAUUGAGAUAUAAUUGAUAUAUAUAACAUGGUAUUAGUUUUAAGUAUACAACAUUUUAUGUGAAAUGAUUGUCAUAAUAAAUUUAGCUAACAUCUGUCACCACACACAGUUAUAAAUUCAGUCAUAUCUUCAAAAAAAAUCAGCAGGAAGUGAGUAGGAACAACUUCUCACCACUGGAUAGUUUAUCACUCAUGGAUGGUCUAGAACAGGAGUCAGCAAACUGUGACCUGCAGGCCAAAUCCAUGCUACCGCUUGAAUUAAGAAUGGUUUUUAGAUUUUGAAAUGAUUGGAAAAAAGAUCAAAAGAAGAAUAAUAUUUCAUGACAUAUGAGAAUUAUAUGGAAUUCAAAUUUUAGUGCCCAUAAAUAAGUUUCAUCGGAAAAUAGUCAUGCUUAUUCACUUGGGUAUUGUCUAUAGCCACUUUUACUCCACAACAGCAGAGAUGAGUGGUUACGACAGAGACCUUGUCACCUGCAGAGCCUGAGAUACUUAGUAUCUGCCACUUUACAGGAAAAAAAUUGCUGGUCUAAUUCCGGGACUAGAAGGAAGAAACAUUAGGCAUUCACCUUUUGAAAUUUGUAUCAAAUGGUUAUUUUAAACAUGGGCAUUCAGAGUUCAUUCUCUUUCAGAAAGGAGCCAGUUUUCUGGAAAUAGUUCCCCUAUUACAGCACAGUUAGACUUGAUUGUGAAUUUUGUAUUUAUUUACUCUACAGUGGAAAUCAAUUUUAUUCUCUAAGGGAAUAAUAAGUCUUUCUUUAUCAGUAUUCAUCAGAGCAUUGAAAGAAAGUUUGUACCAAAGGAGGUUACUUUUGUCUCCUUUUGAAAUCCCAUUUAGAAACAUUUCAUAGCUGGACUUUUUUUUUUUUUUUUUUUUUUUUUUUUAAGUAGUAGGGAAUAUUCUCUUGUUUCCAUGGUGAUCUUUCACUUCUUUUAUUUCAGCUGUAUAAGCAGUUUCCAGAACCAACACUGAGUUAUAGGGGAAGGCAGUGAGAAGACUAAAUAUUAUAUAUUUUAUAACUGAUUCAUGAUUCCAUUUAUGCUUAGUAUAGCAUGACCACAUUUCUAGGAGGGUGCACAUAUCCAGUGAUAUUGUGCCCACAAGUGACUUAUUAAUUUUACCCAAAAAUUAAUUUUGGACUACAGUCAAAACCCACGAAUUUAAUUUAUUGCUUUCUUUCUCCCACUUUUUCCUGAAGUGAUGAUUAACAGCUAUUUUAAUCAACAGAAAGUGUGAAAUUUUAGGUUUCUAAAAACCUGACUUUUCUCAACUACACUAAAAAUGAUUUUUAGGGUGGUUAUUUGACCUGUACCCCAGUUACCUAUAGCUCAGUGUUUCACAACAGAUUAUCUCUUUGAAGAUAAUUUCAUGUUCAUGGUCUCAACAAAUUAUAGAACCAAAAAUAUUUUCUAGAUUUUUCUCCCUAAUAAGUUUUGGUCAACUUGGGACCUGCAUACAAACUCCAUGUCAGUAGUUACUUGAUUUUUAAACUUUUCUUUUUUAAUGUUUAUAUAUUUUUGAGAGAGAGAGAGUGUGUGAGUAGGGGUGGGGGAGGGGCAGAGAACGAAGGAGAGACAGAACUCGAAGCAAGCUCCAGGCUCUGCACUGUCAGCACAGAGCCUGAGACAGAGCUUGAACUCACAAACUAUGAGAUCACAACCUGAGCCGAAGUCAAACGCUUGACUGACUGAGCCACCCAGGCACCCCAUUAGUUCCUUGAUUUUUAAUUCAGUAUUCCAAUUUUACAUUAUUUAAGUAGGAAUUUAAUAUUUCUACUGUUCUGUAGAUCCAUAUAUUUGAAGUUGAUUUGAAGAUCAUUAGGGAAAUAUUCUACAAACCUUUCUGUUAACAGUUCAUACUAAUGAAUCAUAACCAGAUAUAUUAUUAAACCAAUAAAUACCAUAUGUAUAUAAUUGGCUAAAUGGAUGUGAAAGUUACAGUGGAAAACUGUUGCCUAUAUAGACUUUUUAAAGUGACGAUCAAUGGCAUAUAGUCCCCCAGGCCACAGAUUUGAGAGCGUUAUUACCCACUGGAGGUCACUUUUACAACCUAAAGAGUAUUACCUUCCUUGUAAACUCAAAUUAUGGUGUUGUGUAUGAUUUAUUAUACUAUUUAAAACCGAAAAACAGAAACCUACUCUUAGUAAUACACCUUCAAUUAAGUCAUGUCUCUCCCCAUUUCCAAAAUUCUUUUUUAGACAAACUAGUUAUUUUUCAGAAAUCCAAUUUUCUUCUUUCAUUGCUAACAGUUAUUUGGCCUGCUGUCUUUGUUUCUAAGUUGGCAGCUAAUGCCUUUUCAGAUCACAUAUUUUAAAAAUACCCUUUAGUUAAUUUGCUUCUCUUUGCAUCCUCUGAUGAAGGAAUUUGAAGAUAGUUUUAAGCCCCCAAAUAUUUAACAUGUGUGAAAUUAGUAAUGGUCAACGUACUGAUAAAAAACGUCUCUGUGACCCUUCGUAGGCAGUCCAGUGGCGUGCUACCCUCCUCUGGUACCUUUGGUGAGAAGUGUCACCAUUACACCAAGACCCACACUUAAAUUUCUCACUCCAGAGAACUAAUAUGCAGUAGGCUUCCUGCCUGGCUCACUAAACCUCAUAUGCAGAAAAGUCAUGGCCUCACAUCAGUUCUUGCCAUAGAAGGAAACAUAAUAAGAAAUUUUUCAGCUCAGGAACAAACUCGCUUGGCUGCCAGAGCCUCGUUGCUGCUACAUUUCUGCUUCCUAGGCUCCUGUUUGCUGGUCUCCUUACCUAGCACAUCCGUACUGUCUGCUUGGCUGACCCUUGUACUCUGACUGCUGGUUACUUACCACCUGUCUGCUCUGUUGGUUUGUCUUAGCCUACCAGUACUUUGGUUCUCUUUGAUCUUGUACUGCCUAACUGACCCCUUGACGUUGGCUUCUGACUGUUUUCUGUCCUUGUCCGCACCUUGCAUUACAGAGACUCAUUGUUCUCAUUGCUCUUCAAAUCCAAAACUGCCUAUGAUUGACAGAAGUACAUUUUAUAGAUAUUCUAUUCUGCAGUCAUUAUAAAAUGCAGAGAAUACCAUUUUACUUGUUCAUGGAACUGAUGUUCAGUCUGUGCUCUCUGAUAUGGUUGUACCCAGUGUUAAAAUGUUUAAAUGCUUUCAUAAUACUUGGCAAAUAGCUGCUGCCACAUAUUUCACCCCCUACCAUUGUGGCCUUAUGUCCAGGACCUCUGGGACCUCUCCAUCAUCUAGCAACUGAUGGAUCAUUUCUUGGGCCAACAGGAGUUUUCAGGACCGUUUUGUUGUCUGAAUUCAUUGGUUUGUGUUCAUACCACAAAUUAUUACAAAUGUCAAAUAUCACUUCUGCUUUCAGAGGUAUAUGGACGAGUUAAGUUCUUCAAGGGGAGGAGGGUAGAGACAUCCUAAAGUGACCAUUUUUCUGAAUCGAUUUUUGAAAAUUUCCAUUGGAAAUCAAGAAGCAUUUUAUUCAUUCAGCAGUCGUACUAAGCCCUAGUUUCAUGCCCAUCACUGUACUAUAUGCUAAGGAGUAUUUCCAAUUUUGUAAAUUGUGAAAGCCCUCAAACUGAGUGUAAUACAAAGUUGGAGAUGGGAUAUAUGGGAACUUUCUGUACUCUCUGUUCAAUUUUACUGUGAUUCGAAAAUGCUUUAAAAAAUAAAACCCAUUUAAAAGGAAAUAAAUAUUGGUGAAACGA